CCGGGCACCCCGCGCCGCCGCCCCGGGCCGGAUGAAGGCGCAGGGGAGCGGGGGGCAUCGCCCGGGCGGCGGCGGCGGCGCCGGCACCAUGGUCCGCCUGGGCAGGCUCCUGCGGCUCCUGACUCUGCUGAAGUUGCCCUGCUGCCUGCUGGAGUUGCUGCUCUCCGAGGCGGCCCGCGGGCAGGAGAUGUACGCGCCGCACUCCAUCCGGCUGGAGGGGGACAUCACCCUGGGCGGCCUCUUCCCCGUCCACGCCAAGGGCCCCCCGGGCGUGCCCUGCGGGGACAUCAAGAAGGAGAACGGCAUCCACAGGCUGGAGGCGAUGCUCUACGCCCUGGACCAGAUCAACAGCGACCCGGACCUGCUGCCCAACGUCACGCUGGGCGCUCGCAUCCUGGACACCUGCUCCCGAGACACCUACGCGCUGGAGCAGUCCCUCACCUUCGUGCAGGCGCUCAUCCAGAAGGACACCUCCGACGUGCGGUGCACCAACGGGGAGCCGCCCGUCUUCGUCAAGCCGGAGAAAGUAGUCGGGGUGAUCGGGGCGUCGGGGAGUUCCGUCUCCAUUAUGGUGGCCAACAUCCUCCGGCUCUUCCAGAUCCCACAAAUCAGUUAUGCCUCAACUGCACCAGAGUUGAGCGAUGACAGGCGCUAUGAUUUCUUCUCACGUGUGGUUCCUCCAGAUUCCUUCCAAGCACAAGCAAUGGUGGACAUUGUGAAAGCUUUGGGAUGGAAUUAUGUGUCCACUUUGGCAUCUGAAGGGAAUUAUGGAGAAAAAGGAGUCGAGUCCUUCAUGCAAAUUUCCAGAGAGGCAGGUGGGCUCUGCAUUGCUCAGUCCCUGAAAAUCCCCCAGGAUCGCAAGGACAAGACCAUCGACUUUGAUAAGAUUAUCAAGCAGCUCCUAGAAACUCCCAAUGCCAGGGCCAUCGUUAUUUUUGCCAAUGAUGAGGACAUAAAGCAGAUCCUCGCAGCCGCCAAGAGGGCAGAUCAAGUCGGGCACUUUCUGUGGGUGGGCUCGGACACGUGGGGCUCCAAAGUGAGUCCUCUGCUGCAGCAGGAGGACGUUGCUGAGGGAGCCAUCACCAUCCUGCCCAAGCGAGCGACCAUUGAGGGGUUUGAUGCCUACUUCACCUCCCGCACCCUGGAGAACAACCGAAGGAACGUGUGGUUUGCUGAGUACUGGGAGGAGAACUUCAACUGCAAGUUAACGAUCAGCGGGUCAAAGAAGGAGGACACCGACCGUAAAUGCACAGGGCAGGAGCGAAUUGGCAAAGACUCCCACUAUGAGCAGGAGGGGAAGGUGCAGUUUGUGAUUGAUGCCGUGUACGCCAUGGCGCACGCUCUCCACCACAUGAACAAGGACCUCUGUGCCGACUACCCGGGGGUCUGCCCCGAGAUGGAGCACGCGGGAGGCAAAAAGCUGCUCAAGUACAUUCGCAGCGUUAACUUCAACGGUAGUGCUGGCACUCCAGUGAUGUUUAACAAAAAUGGUGAUGCACCAGGCCGCUACGACAUCUUCCAGUACCACACCACCAACACCAGCACCCCAGGCUACCGCCUCGUUGGCCAGUGGACAGAUGAUCUCCAGCUCAACAUCGAUGAAAUGCAGUGGGGUAAAGGAGUGCGCGAAAUCCCGUCCUCAGUCUGCAGCCUGCCUUGCAAGCCGGGAGAGAGGAAGAAGAUGGUGAAGGGGAUGCCGUGCUGCUGGCACUGCGAGCUCUGCGACGGCUACCAGUACCAGGCCGACGAGGUGACUUGCUUGCUCUGCUCGUACAACGAGCGGCCCAACGAGAACCGCACGGGAUGCCGCUCCAUACCCAUUGUCAAGCUGGAGUGGCACUCUCCCUGGGCUGUGAUCCCCGUCUUCUUGGCUAUGCUUGGAAUUAUUGCCACCAUUUUUGUCAUGGCAACCUUCAUUAGAUAUAACGAUACUCCCAUCGUCCGGGCUUCGGGGAGGGAGCUCAGCUACGUCCUGUUGACAGGGAUAUUUCUGUGCUACAUAAUCACGUUUCUGAUGAUUGCCAAACCAAACGUUGCAGUGUGCUCCUUCCGGCGUAUCUUCUUGGGCUUGGGGAUGUGCAUCAGCUAUGCAGCCCUGUUAACUAAAACAAACCGCAUCUACCGCAUAUUUGAACAGGGCAAAAAGUCAGUGACAGCACCCAGGCUUAUAAGCCCCACGUCGCAGCUUGCCAUCACGUCAAGUUUAAUAUCUGUUCAGCUUCUAGGUGUCUUUAUUUGGUUUGCAGUUGACCCACCCAACAUCAUCAUAGAUUAUGAUGAGCAGAAAACUAUGAACCCUGAUCAAGCCAGAGGAGUUCUCAAAUGUGACAUUACGGAUCUACAAAUCAUUUGUUCCUUGGGUUAUAGCAUUCUUCUCAUGGUUACAUGUACUGUGUAUGCCAUCAAGACUCGGGGUGUCCCAGAGAAUUUUAAUGAAGCUAAACCCAUUGGAUUCACUAUGUACACUACCUGUAUAGUAUGGCUUGCCUUCAUUCCAAUAUUUUUUGGCACUGCCCAGUCAGCUGAAAAGGCCCUGCUGCAAAAAAGAAGUACGUCAGUUAUAACAACCUGGUUAUCUAGCCCGCUCAGCCACGUGGCGCGGAGGACGGAGGAGGACUUCCACCCACCGCGGGCACAGGCCUCCUCCUGGCCGCGGGGUGCCCGCGCCGGGCAGCGGAGGCCAGGCCACACGCGAGGAGCCACGCUCCCCACGGCCGCUCCAUGAAGGCCCCGCGUCGCCCUCGGCUCAGCGGGGCGCGGGCGCUGCCGUGGGCCCUGGCCCUGGCCUGGUCCUGGUCCUGCUCCGUCCGCGGGAGCCGCCGUGUCCACGCGCCGCCUGCCACGCGGGAGGAGCGGCUCCCCGGGGACCGCGUGCGGCUGCGAGGACUCACAGGGGCUAAUUCUGUCUUUAUAUGUACUUCCAGACUGCAAGUUUUUGAACUUUCUGUACAGUUUGUGAGGAUUUUUUGCAUAUGGCCAUCCAUGUCGUUUCGAGUUCACUGUUUGUUUUUUGAAUGCACAGUUUCAUUGAGGCCCUAUUCUCUCAGACUUAGAACAUUAAAAAAAAUUAAAAAUCUAAGGAUUUAAAAGACCUAUGUACAUGACUUGUAUGAUUGCUACUGUAUCACUGCAAUCCAUAUACGUUAUUUUUUUUUAAUGAAACAAACAAAAGAAUUUAAAGACCAAAAACUGUGCUGGCGAAGUUAGCCCCCACCCCCCACACCCACCCCCUUCACAACUUCGAUGGGCUGCAGAGGAAGCAGACGGGAUUUUUGCUGAGUUUUAGUACAGGUCUUGAUAUUUGGAAUGCAUGCCAGUAAUGUAUUUUAUGGUACAUGUUAAUAAUUUAUGUUUGAUAUUUGUAUUUGUGUUCUAUUUUGUUAUUUUAUUUAAGGUAUAUGACUAUUUUGCAAUAAUUUCAAUAAUUCUUAUGAUAUUUGGAAGAAAGAAUAUGGCUUUUACAUGUCUUGAAGUUUUUUUCUUUGUUGAUGCCCCACCAUGAUUGACCAGUGUGAUAAGGACUUACAAAAGCAUGUACGUUUUAUACUGUUUGUAAUAAGUAAUUUCGUUAAUCUUGCUGCUUAUGUGCCAAUUUAGUGAAAUCAAUCUUUGCCGCAAACUCCUCCCUUCCUUUCCAUUCUCUCGAUCCUGUGAUAUUAUCCAAGAAUGUAUCAAUAAAGGGUUUUGGUUAACUUUUU